CCCACAACUGGCAUAUCUUAUUCCACACAGCCCACAACUGGCAUAUCUUAUUCCACUCAGCCCACAACUGGCAUAUCUUAUUCCACACAGCCCACAACUGGCAUAUCUUAUUCCACACAGCCCACAACUGGCAUAUCUUAUUCCACACAACCCACCACUGGCAUAUCUUAUUCCACACAGCCCACAACUGGCAUAUCUUAUUCCACACAGCCCACAACUGGCAUAUCUUAUUCCACACAGCCCACAACUGGCAUAUCUUAUUCCACACAACCCACCACUGGCAUAUCUUAUUCCACACAGCCCACAACUGGCAUAUCUUAUUCCACACAGCCCACAACUGGCAUAUCUUAUUCCACACAGCCCACCACUGGCAUAUGUUAUUCCACACAGCCCACCACUGGCAUAUCUUAUUCCACACAGCCCACCACUGGCAUAUCUUAUUCCACACAGCCUACCACUGGCAUAUCUUUUUCCACACAGCCCACCACUGGCAUAUCUUAUUCCACACAGCCCACCACUGGCAUAUCUUAUUCCACACAGCCCACCACUGGCAUAUCUUAUUCCACACAGCCCACCACUGGCAUAUCUUAUUCCACACAGCCCACCACUGGCAAAUCUUAUUCCACACAGCCCACCACUGGCAUAUCUUAA